UUGCUGUGGAAUUUUCUACCCAUGUUUGGCUUUGAUCUGGACGACAUGAUUGGCGAUAAUGCAGCAUUUGGAGAAGGCGACAAACGACAGGCGGAGGGCAAAUGGACAAGGACAAAAAACACGGGACUGGACGGGAUGGGUCGGCUAGGGACGUGCUUUGCUUGAAUGGUUUGGUUGGGUUGGGCUCUGAGGUGCUUUCUCUCGCAUUGUUGGUAUGCUUCUUCCCGCAGGGAUCGGCUGGGUGCGACGGUUUGUUUGAUUUGCAUUUUGUCGAUUUGGACGGGCUGGAUGCAGGAAUCUCUCGACUUUUACUACGGGUUUGGCGGGUACGGAGGCGCACAUCAUUCACACUCUCUAUCAUUAAUAUCAGAUUGCUUUGGACGGGAGGUUUGGACUCUGGCGCGAUCCGUGAGGCUUGCUGCACGCUCAGGCUGGCCAGGAUUCGUUUGGCAGCCCCAGGAGUCUGGUGUAUUAGGCCUAGACUCUGGGUCUUAAGGCCAUCCCAAUGGGGAACAUGCCGAGCAAGCAUCUUGCUCAGUGCUGACGGGAGCGACCUGAAAUUGGAGGCUGAAGCAUUUCGGUUGGUCGAGGUCCGAGGAGGCAGCCCCUGACAAGCCGUUGUGGAUUGAUGGAUUGCCGCUAACUAUAGUCUGAUACUUGGCACCGAUCGAUGUCAGCCAUAAGCCUGCCGGAUUUUCCAUGGGAAUUA